AUGGCCUGUAUUCCUUUCCCAGGUGACCGGCUACUGCAGGUGGACGGAGUGAAUCUGUGGGGCCUCACUCACAAGCAGGCAGUGCAGUGUCUCAAGGGUUCUGGGCAGGUGGUACAGCUGGUCUUAGAGAGAAGAGGCCCCGGGGCUGCACCACAGUGUCCUUCUGCUGAUGACAGGAUGGGAGAUGUGCACAUGCCUGUUUCCUUGGAAACAGCCAGGCCUGGCAGACCUGUGAGCUGUGCUGCAGUGACAGAUGGUCCUAAGUUUGAAGUCAAACUGAAGAAGAACAGCAGUGGUUUGGGAUUCAGCUUUGUGCAGAUGGAGAGAGGAAACUGCAUCCGCAUGAAGAGCAACCUUGUAAGGAUUAAGAGGCUCUUUCCUGGGCAGCCAGCUGAAGAACACGGAGCCAUUGCAGCUGGUGACGUUAUCCUGGCAGUGAACGGAAAGCCCAUAGACGGCCUCGCUUUCCAGGAAGUACUCCAUUUAUUGCGUGGGGCUCCAGAGGAAGUGACGCUCCUCCUCUGCAGACCCCCUCCAGGGUUACUACCUGAGAUGGAGCCAGGAUGGCAGACCCCCGAACUAUCAGGAGACCAAAGACUCACCAUGGCAACCUGUGGUGAUUCAAAGCAGAGCCCCAGCCUGGAUCAAGAGGACAACUGGAAGGACAGUACCUCUCUGGAUGCAGGAGAAGGUCUGGGUCCCAGGCCAGAGUCUUCCUGCAAGGCUGACAGAGAGGUGAAGGGAGAUGGAGAGAAACAGAGGCCCUGGGUCAGGUCCUUGAUUCGUCAUCCUAUGGAGUCCCACCCUCAUGUGUGCAGACUCCACCCAGAACCAGAGACACCAGCACUGGCCACGUCUUUGGAAAAGGAUAUGAGACAAAACUGCUAUUCCGUGUGUGAUAUCAGGAGACUGGGAAGAUUUUCCUUCUCAUCUUCUCUAACCAGACUAGCAACAGACACUUUCUGA